AUGCAACGACCCCGAGCGGCAUCUGUGAGACUCCCCUUGUACGACACUCGGAUCAUUACCGGUAACGGGCACAGCACCCAUGCCAGCCAUAGAAGGGCAGCCUCUCCGGAUUCGGCUGAAUACCGUGCGGCAGGACCAUCGAAAAGACGGCGGCGGAUUCACUUUGCUCUGCCCCGACGUCCCAAGACCUGGGUAUCUUUCUUGAAGUGGAUCCUGGGCUUUCUUGUCCUCUGUUUGUUUGCCCUCUGGAGACUAUGGGAGCCCCAUAUCGAAAUCAUGUUCUUCCGGCGCAGCUGGAUCAGAGAAGAGGUCCUCAAGGUAGAGCCCCUUGCUGGCUGUUUUCGCCCAGAAAACAUCGCCCGCACCUCGUAUAAUGCGUCAUGGGCCCUCGAUAGGCCCAAACGCUGGGAAAUACAGGCGGGUGUGCCCUUGCGGAUGGGUAUGGACUGCUACGACUUUGCCGGAACAGUUGGGCGAGACAAAGCCCAAGACACAGCCGAGAAACACCACACUUACUUUCAUACUUACUGGCGAAAGGAUCUGAACCCAUUUGGCGAGCGACAAUCAUGGAUGCUCAAGUCCUUUUUCGCUACUCAGGAUCUGGCUCACUCGACCCUUAUUCUCUGGUCAAACGGGGACCUUCGUGAUAAUAAAUACGUCAUGCAAUUUACCUCUAGGUACCCCAGCACUAUUUUUCAAGUACGUCGUGUCAAUGUCGAUCAGUUGGCAAAAGGGACCAGCCUAGAGGGGUCCUCGUUGCUCCAUCAGCGAGAUAAACGGGCCUGGGUCGACGGUGAUCUGAUUCGUUUGUUGGUUACGUGGGCAGAAGGUGGCAUAUGGAUAGACAUGGACUCGUUACUCACAAGAGAUCUGUCUCCGCUCCUAGAGCACGAAUUUGUCACCCAAUGGGACUGUUAUGGUAAGCAACUCCAAUUUAAGGGGGCUCGGGCAGCGUUAAUCUCCUGCCUAGAUAAGCUUUACACGCCACUAAAUGGCGCCUUGAUGCACUUUUACAAACAUUCCCCAUACUUGUGUGAAGCUUUCCAUAUCAUCGGCACCUCUCCUCCGCCUCGUCCGGGUACCACAGACUGGGGUUCUUCCUUGUACCUCAAGGUAUGGCGUCGGCUUGUUCAUGAGGGAAUCCAACCUUUCAAAGUCCUGCCAUUUUGUUUUUCUGACGGUCGAAGUUGUCGUCUCGACAAUCGGCUACCUGACCCCUUCAAAAAGGACCCUGCGAAAUGGGGCGAGGGUCGAAUCACAGCGGGAGACAAGACCGGGCUAGCCGAGGGUGGAGAGCUGGAUGUUGCACUCGGCAACGUGUUUUCCGUGCAUUUGCACAAUCAGUGGGAAAAGGCCUUCCCACCUGGAGGCUGGGUCGAGCGAUUAUUACUGAACCGGUAUGAUUCACGUCUAUCACGAUGGAAACGGUCCGAGGUACCGCCAGAAGAGGCCUCAUAA